CGCCCGCCCCACCACUGGGGCCGUGUGCAAGUCGCGCAUAGACUACGGUGGCGCGCUGCCCUCGCGCAUCAUUCGACCUCCGCGCACCAGUCUCGGCAACACCGCCCUGAACUGUACACGCGUUCGGGAGUUAGACUCUCGUAGCGAAUCGACGAACAGGAUAAGUUAAGCGAGCACAAUGCCUUUCAAACCUGCAGAUAACCCGAAAUGCCCGAAGUGUGGCAAGUCCGUGUACGCGGCCGAAGAGCGCGUCGCUGGCGGAUACAAAUUCCACAAGACCUGCUUCAAAUGCGGUAUGUGCAACAAGAGCUUGGACUCCACCAACUGCGCAGAACACGAGUCUGAACUGUACUGCAAAAACUGCCACGGCCGCAAAUACGGACCCAAGGGCUACGGCUUCGGCGGUGGCGCCGGGUGCCUAUCGAUGGACGCCGGCGAUCAGUUCAAGGAGCCCGCUGCAGAGGGCGUGAGGACCAACGGAGCGUGCCUGGAGCCGCGCGUCAUCGCCAAGGCGCCGCCCGGCGAGGGCUGUCCUCGCUGCGGCGGCUACGUCUACGCUGCGGAGCAGAUGCUCGCUCGCGGAAAGGGUUAUCACAGACGGUGCUUCAAAUGCAUAAGUUGCAACAGAACACUUGACUCAACCAUGCAUUGUGAUGGCCCGGAUAGAGAAAUAUAUUGUCGAGGAUGCUACGCACAAAGAUUUGGUCCUAGAGGUAUUGGCCACGGGGGAAUGUCGACCCUCGGUCUCAUGUGUGAUUUAAAGGACUUGGAGUGGCAAAGCGACCAAGCACCCAAGACCACAUUGAUCGACACGACCUCGAUCAUGGCGCCGCCCGGCAAGGGGUGCCCGCGGUGCGGCGGCGUGGUGUUCGCCGCCGAGCAGGUCCUGGCCAAGGGUCGCGAGUGGCAUCGCAAGUGCUUCAAGUGCCGCGACUGCACCAAGACCCUGGACUCGAUCAUCGCGUGCGACGGGCCCGACGGCGAGGUGUACUGCAAGACCUGCUACGGCAAGAAGUGGGGACCCCACGGAUAUGGGUUCGCUUGCGGAUACGGCUUCCUUCAAACUGAUGGCCUAUCCGAGGAGGAGAUCUCCAAAAGCCGCCCGUUCUACAACCCGGACACUACGUCCAUCAUGGCUUCCAAGGGACAGGGUUGUCCUCGCUGCGGCGGCAUGGUCUUCGCUGCUGAACAACAGCUGGCUAAGGGAACGAUGUGGCACAAGAAGUGCUUCAACUGUGCAGAGUGCCACCGACCGCUGGACUCCAUGUUGGCAUGCGAUGGGCCCGACAAGGAGAUCCACUGCCGCUCCUGCUACGCUAAGCUCUUCGGGCCCAAGGGAUUCGGUUACGGCCACACCCCCACCCUCGUUUCCAACGCCGACGCCGAGCCAACCCCCUCUUACACAGAACAGCUACCCUUCACCGGGCAAAAGGCAGCUAAAGGCCAGGGUUGCCCGCGUUGCGGCUUCCCUGUAUACGCGGCAGAGCAGAUGCACUCCAAGAAUGGCACAUGGCACAGGCGGUGCUUCUCAUGUGCAGAUUGCCACAGAUCUCUUGAUUCCACCAAUUUGAAUGACGGCCCCAACGGCGAGAUAUACUGCCGCGGCUGCUACGGUCGUAACUAUGGACCCAAAGGUGUAGGUUUCGGUAUGGGCGCAGGCACAUUAACCAUGGCUUAGUUGAACUAUAGAGCUGGACUUUAUAGGAUCAUUUAAUAGUGCGAAUGGUAGCAUGAAAGGAAUCUAAUCUAUUGCCUAAUGCUACCCUCGAUCAUACCUUUCAUUAAACUGGCUUUAAUAAUGGUUGAUCUAUCCGAUGAGACUAAUUAAGUGAAUAAUGAUAUAUUUUUAAACGGAUAAUUAAGUGCAUAUAUUUUAUGAUAGAAAGGUAUAAAUUAAAGGUUACAUUCCUUUCAUAUUAUGUACAAAGUGUGUGAUGAAUGUGCUUGGGCCCUUAGUUUAUAAAUUUGUCAUAAAAUAUUGUAACUCUUUUAUUUAGUAAGACGCAUAGAUCUAAUGUAGCUUUAAGGAAGAAUAAGUUAUGGAUGAAUAAAAAAUGUAAAAAGCAAAAAAAAA